GAUGCUCCCUUGAGUUUCCAUUCCUCUAACCAGACGCCAAAGCCACCAACUUCAAGGGGACAUGGAAAGAUGACAAGGCGCGACGACGUUCCGCAAUGCCUUCCCAAAACUCAGAUGUCAGAGCUCUACUGAUAGUCCUCAUCCUUCUCUGGGUCUUCUUCUCCCCGGACGGUAGCGAUCCCGCCAGUUUGACGCCGCCUGAAAUCGCCCACGCGCGACAAGCUCGUUUCCAGGGUGCGCUCGACGUCCUGAACACCACACGAUGGGGUGAUUUCGCUCCUGAUGCGCUGCCGCCGUCGCCACCCGCGCCUCCUACCGAAACCGACGGACCAGUUGACGGAAUUGGGAAUGGGGACGGCAAUCACAAACAGGGCCCUCGAUUUCUGAACAUUACGGGGUUCAGCCAACUCGAUGGGAAGGGGUAUGCGUGGGAAGACCUCGGUCGGUUCAGAAACCGCUGUCGCGAAUGGAGCCGAAACGCUUUUCCCUCGACCACCGUUGGCCGGCUGGACGAUGAUGAUAGCUGGGAGCGCAGUAUCGGCGGCGGCACAUGGAAGAACGCUACGGGCACUCUGCAUGGAACUUGGGUGCGACGACCGGGAACCGUCGUCAGGCAAGCCGCGGGAUACAACCUAAGUGCUAUUGCGCCAGGGGCGACUUGGCCUAGCGGCCUUGUUGAAUGGGGGAGAAACAUUUCGGGUGACCAUGGCAAGAUCGAGUUGCGAAUAGACGAGGACGAAGGGGAUGGUGUUUACGAAGAGAAGGUUGAGGGCAAAACUUCAAAGGGUGCAAGUCUGGCGAGGGAGAUUCAGGCUGUGGCUACGAUCCAGGACGACGCAAGCGAGGCUAGCAGCUGGAGCUUGUUACUCCAUGGUGUUCACUGGCCACGGCAAGGCGCUAUCCUUCUCACCACUAGCAGCGAGAAGUUCGACGGCAUCUUUGGCCUGCCCCAUCUGGCGCCAGGUCCCAACUUCUUCCAUACCGCCCAGCAUUUGCUGAAUCAGACGUUGGGCAAAAUCAUCCAGGCCAGAGAGAAGAGUAAAUACGGCUUCCCAGGCAACCCAUGGGGUUCGAGGAUGGAGGACGAUGACGGCUUCCCUGCGCAGUGCGAGUAUGUGAUGUACCUCCAACUACUUCCGCUCGAGCUUUCUCGCCGGUAUGAAUCUUCCCAGCUGCUCGAAUCCUACAUCGAGGAGCUCGAGCGCGAGUUACGCCACCCCACAGGGGCGCCCGUCGGCAGGAUUCCCGAUCUGCGUGCGUCUAUGGUGGCAUGGUCUCCCGACUGUUCGUUCUUCCUGGAGUCCAAGGGCCCGCCAGAGUUCCCUUCGGUCGACGGAGAGCACCUUGUCGGCAUGAAGGAGGACAUGUUCACCUACACGGCCAAAGAAUGGCUGAUUGCAUUCGCUGCCGUCAUGCUGGGUCAGAUAUGGCUCUUCAAGGCACAGAUGAAGCAGUCGAGCACGCCGUCCACUACCGGGCGGGUCAGUUUCUGGACAGUAGGCACCAUGCUGUUUGCCGAUGGCAUGAUCUUUGUGACUGCUUGUGCCUGGAGUCUGAACGCGACAGUCACACUGCUACCCUGCUUGCUCGUCACAUUUGCGGCCUUCAUAUCCAUGUUCAUCGAAGGCGCAUUUUUGUCAGAAGUCUGGAAGAUUCAAGAACCAGAGAGGAGGAUUCGUGAGCGGGAACGAGAACAAGCUGCUGCCGCUGCGAACCGCAACGCCUCAUCAUCAGCAUCAACAGCACCACCGCCCACCACUCAACCUCAACCACUCGCAACACAACCAGCUCCUCCUCCCGCUCAGCCUCGCCAACCCAUCAUAGUCCCCUCAGACGGUGACAUCGACGAAGCCGAACAACUAGCCAACCUCCUCUCCGGCGCCUCCGCCCUCCCUCUCCCCGCCACCGCUCGAACACCCGGUCAGCAACCACCAUCAAACGAACCCCGCCCACCAACCCCCUUCAGCACCAUAACCGGCCGCUUCGUCCUCGCCGGCUUGUUCCUCCUCUUCCUCUCCGCCGUCGCCACCUCCUGGCCCUCACACAUCCGCUCCUUCUACGUCAACACCCUUUCCUUUUUGUACUGCUCUCUCUGGGUCCCCCAAAUAAUCCGCAACACGCAACGCAAUUCCCGUCAAGCUUUCUCCUGGCGUUUCAUGAUCGGCCAAUCCUUUUUGAGGCUAUUGCCGUUCGCCUAUUUCUUCCUAAGGGAAGAUAACGUCCUACUAGCUGACCCGGACCCGUUUGCGUUUUUGGUGUUGGUCGGAUGGGUGUGGAUCCAGCUUUGGGUUAUGUGUGCUCAAAGUGUUUUGGGGCCGAGGUUCGGAGUGCCUAGGGGGUGGGUAAGGGAGGCGUGGGAUUACCAUCCUGUUUUGAGGGAUGAUUUUGAUUUGGAAGGUGGUGGUGCUAAGGGAAUGGGGUUGCCGAUUGGAUUGGCUAGGACGGGGACGGGGUUGUCAUCGUCGUCGCCGACCGAGGAAAGGGGAAGGUCGUGGAGUGUGGUUUCUUUGACUGGCACUGGUACCGCUUCCACUGCUGAAGCAGGGGAAGGAAGUGCCGCUGCUGCUACCGGUAGUGCAGGAGGCGCAAGGAACCGUGAGAGAGAAAAAGAAAAAGAAAGGGAAAAACAAAAGGGCGUCACCAUGCGAUCUGUCGACUGCGCCAUCUGUCGCGAGUUAUUGGAGGUGCCGGUGUUUAACAAUAACAAGGGCAGCAGUGGCUCCUCGGAGUCAGCGGCCUCGGGCAUCACGGGUGUGUUUGCGAGAAAGGCAUACAUGGUUACGCCGUGUAGACAUAUUUUCCAUACGAACUGCUUGGAAGGGUGGAUGAAGUAUCGGUUGCAGUGUCCGAUUUGUAGAGAGGAGUUGCCGCCUUUAUAAGCUGUGUAGUUAGCUAGGGUGUUUGUUGGGAAGAAUGGGGGGAAGUAUUGGUUGACGGGUAUAGUCUAUGGGUAGACUGCAGUGGGAUGGGAUGUAUACAUUAGCAUUGUGGAAAGGUUGAAAGUUGGAAAGCGUUAUAGAUUGGUUGAACAACAAAUAUAUACAGACGGGAGCAUGAAUCAGAUCAGAGCAGAGACAUGGUCCAUCAGCAGCGUUUGGUUUGAGAACCUCAAUACAGAGCAUUACUCUCUAUAGAUUCGUGAAUGGUAGAGGCCACCUAGAAAUUGUAUGUAGCUUCUAGGACAGCUGUAAGAAUGCUUUUCAAGCUCCAGCAUUUUUAUUUAUUUUUUGACAACAUCGAUGAUGAAAGCCACUCGCUAGGUACAGUUCGCUGAGCUA